GGAAGUGACGUCACGGGAGGCGCCGGUGCCCUGACCAUGGCCCUCAAGGCCGCGGGGCGGCCGUCCGCGGAAACCCUGCUGCUCUGGGAACGGGAGCAAGCGCGGCUGAGGACGCGCGUGCUGCACGGGGACACCGAGGCCUGGCAGCGCGACGCCGCCUUCUCGGGCCUGCGCAGGGUCGGGGGCGUGGACGUGUCCUUCGUCCGCGGGGACGACUCCCGGGCCUGCGCCUCGCUCGUGGUGCUGAGCUUCCCCGAGCUCCAGGUGGUGUAUGAGGACAGCCACCUGGUUCGCCUGAAGGCCCCUUAUGUGUCAGGCUUCCUGGCCUUCCGGGAGGUACCCUUCCUGGUGGAGCUGGUACAGCGACUACAGGAGAAGGAGCCAGGCCUCACGCCCCAGGUCCUUCUCGUGGAUGGAAACGGGGUGCUUCACCAACGAGGCUUUGGGGUGGCCUGCCACCUCGGUGUCCUUACAGAUCUGCCCUGCAUCGGGGUGGCCAAGAAGCUCCUGCAGGUGGAUGGGCUGGAGAACAACUCCCUGCACAAGGAGAAGAUUAUGUCCCUUCAGGCUGGGGGAGACACAUUUCCUCUGAUGGGCAACUCUGGGACUGUCCUGGGAAUGGCCCUGAAGAGCCAUGACCACAGCACCAAGCCCCUCUACGUCUCUGUGGGCCACAGAAUAAGCCUGGAGGUUGCUGUGCGCCUGACCCACCACUGCUGUAGGUUCCGGAUCCCGGAGCCCAUACGCCAGGCUGACAUCCGCUCCCGAGAGUACAUCCGAAGGACUCUAGGAACCCCCGGGUCUCCUGCACAAAUGCGAGCGAGGAGCCGGGAGGAGCAGAGGCCAAAGGCAUACCCCAAAGGAGGCCCAGGUCCGGCCGGGCCCCCCAAGGACAGUGGCAGAGGCCCCAGCCCAGACCUGGAAGACCUUCAGCUGUGUUUCCAGGAGCAGCAGGACGGGCAGCCAGAGGGAACUGGGCAUCAUGAAGACUCGGGCCUCCGGACUCCUUCACCACCCUGGGAAGAUGAUCUCUAGGAGCGGUGGGCAUCUCUCCCGCAGCCACAGGUAGAGCAGCGGGCGCU